AUGGAAAUAGUGGGGUGCAGAGCAGAAGAAAAUACUUGUCCUUUCCGUCCCCCAGCCAUGCUUUUCCACGGGAUCUCCGGAGGCCACAUCCAAGGAAUCAUGGAGGAGAUGGAGAGGAGAUCCAAGACCGAGUCCCGCCUGGCCAAAGGCGGACAGAUGAACGGCCGGGAAACGAACAUGCCCCCAAUGAGCCCCGAGAAGCCUGCUUUGUGUGCUGGUUGUGGAGGGAAGAUCUCAGACAGAUAUUACCUGCUGGCUGUUGACAAACAAUGGCACCUCAGGUGUCUCAAAUGCUGUGAAUGUAAACUGGCUUUGGAGUCAGAACUCACCUGCUUUGCCAAGGACGGCAGUAUUUACUGCAAGGAGGAUUAUUACAGAAGGUUCUCCGUGCAGAGAUGUGCCCGCUGCCACCUUGGGAUCUCAGCCUCUGAAAUGGUCAUGAGAGCCAGGGAGUCGGUUUAUCACUUGAGCUGCUUCACCUGCACCACAUGCAACAAGACUCUGACCACAGGCGAUCACUUUGGCAUGAAGGACAACCUGGUUUACUGCAGGGCCCAUUUCGAGACCCUUUUGCAAGGCGAAUACCCGCCUCAGUUGAGCUAUACUGAGCUGGCUGCCAAGAGCGGAGGGCUGGCACUGCCUUACUUCAAUGGCACUGGCACAGUCCAGAAAGGGAGGCCCAGGAAGAGAAAAAGCCCAGCUCUAGGAGUGGACAUCGUCAGUUACAACUCAGGUUGUAAUGAGAAUGAGGCAGAUCACCUGGACAGAGACCAGCAGCCUUACCCCCCUUCCCAGAAGACUAAGCGCAUGCGCACUUCCUUCAAACACCACCAGCUCCGCACCAUGAAGUCCUACUUUGCUAUCAACCACAACCCAGAUGCCAAGGACCUCAAGCAGCUUGCCCAGAAAACGGGCCUGACCAAGAGAGUUCUGCAGGUUUGGUUCCAAAACGCAAGAGCCAAAUUCAGAAGGAACCUUUUGCGGCAGGAGAAUGGGGGUGUCGAUAAAGCUGAUGGCACGUCACUUCCGGCACCGCCCUCAGCAGACAGCGGCGCUCUCACUCCACCCGGCACUGCGACCACUUUAACAGACCUGACCAAUCCCACUAUCACUGUAGUGACAUCAGUGACCUCUAACUUGGACAGCCACGAAUCCGGGAGCCCCUCACAAACUACCUUAACGAACCUUUUCUAA